AUGCACCGUGCCAGGACACAACACACUCUAUUCCGUUACAUCUCGCUACGUUCGUUUAACGAUGGACUUGCAACUACCCUCCGCCUCAGUAUUCUCCGCCCAGGGGCCUUGAAGCGGCAGCUAGACGGUCCCUGCACUGACUCGCCCUGCACCGACCGCCCCGUCAUACACGCUGCUCUAUCAUACGUAGACCCCGUGUCUCAGUCUCGCCGGUGUCACCCGCUUCGCCCUCCUACGCCGCACACCCCACCGGCGCUCGUGUCCCCCGUCCCCCCCGCAAUUGAAUUGGAUAAGUAGUAUUAGGCAAGUAGCUUAGUCUUAGUCGGCCGCAUCAAAAUACGCAAAGAGUGUAGAGACCGCGACGUGAAUUUCAUAAACAAGCACGGUUAGAAUCCUUCAGGACAUGUGUCAUUUAAGAGAGCGAGUGUAGCACAUCCUGGAGCAGUGCGGUGCAACAGUUACCGUGCAGUUGACGGGAAAGAAUUCGUCUUUUCCCUUUUCGUGUGCAACCGCUGAGAAAACGUCUGAAGCGCCAAAAAGUACAGGCUUCCGGCUUCGAAUGAUAACCAAUCAUGAACGAAAUAAAGCAAAGAAUAGCAACCAUUUUGGGCUCUAUGCCACCAGCAACGGUGUUCUCGGAGUUGCCGGCAGCCAAUUGUGCAGUCGUUUGUCUUU